AUGGCGCUGUUGCUGCGCACACUUGAGUCCGUGCAGCGAACGCCGAGCACUCUCAGCUUUGCGCAGUACAGGGAGGCGGAGUCGCAGAACUACAAGCAAUCCAGUGUGACCAGCGAUGGCGAGUUGCUCGAUGUGCUUACCCUGGAGCUACGGGUGCACCCUCCAAAUGUGUUGAUCGACAACGAAACGUACGACGACCGCACCAUCAUCACCGUGGACAGCGCCAACCGGCCUGGCACGCUUGUGGAGGUCGUGCAGUGCCUGACCGAGCUCGCGCUCAACGUGAAGCGGGCGCGCAUCAGCAGCGAUGGCGGCUGGUUUGUGGACGAGUUUCACGUGGUGGAGGCCAACGGCCGCAAGGUGCGCCACGGCACGGCGCAGGGCAAGGGGCCGCUGCUGCCAGCGUGA